AUGCUCAUACCACCUCCUUCAAGUGAUAUCUACCCCUUAAUGCUAAUGCUAAGUGUCUUUUGCUUCUUCUUCUUCUUCUUCUUGUUAGACCUGCUGGAAGGAGUCAAUAUCACCAGCCCGGUGCUGUUAAUUCACGGUACAGUUGGCAAGUCUGCCCUGCUCUCCGUGAAAUACACCAGCACCAGCCGCGACAAACCCGUGAUCAAAUGGCAAGUGAAGCGUGACAAGGCUGUGACGGUGGUCCAGUCCAUCGGCACCGGGAUCAUUGGUAACUUGCGCCCGGAAUACAGGGACCGGAUUAGAAUAUUUGAGAAUGGCUCCUUGCUGAUCAACGAGCUUCAGCUCUCGGACGAGGGGACGUAUGAAGUGGAAAUCUCCAUUACGGACGACACUUUUACAGGGGAGAUGAACAUCAACCUUACAGUGGAUGGUAAGUGAGCCUUAGAAAAAAUGAACUUUUUUUUGUUCAUUAGUUAAAGGUAUUUAUUUAUUCUCUAGGUGGGGGGAAAGACUUUCAUGCAGCUUCGACAUAUAAUAACACAUGGUUUGGACUAGGAAUGGGCAAAUCUGUCAAUUUCAGUUCCACCUUUUCCACGUAUUAAAAUUCAUUUCCCCACCAAUUUGCAUGGAGAGAGAGAGAGAGAGAGAAUCAGCAGCAUUUCAGUGCAAAUUUCUCUUAAUACAUACAUUUUUUAAUGCAGUGUUGCCCAAUCUGCACAAUUGUGCAAAGCAUUUUUUCCUAAUUUUUGUACACUGUUUUUGUAUGUUAUUUUCACUAAUUUAUAUACAAACUUUACCCUGGUGUGUGCGCAUUGUUGCAUACCUUACCGGGCUGCAGAACUGCAUUUCAAAAUUCAGAGAAGUGUGAAUUUUCAGAGGGAUGGCUGAGUUUUGGUUCACAUCCCGUUUCAGAAAAUGAGAAUCAGGUAAGUUCACUUUCAAACAUGAAUUGGAUAAAAAAAAUUCUCCCUCAUGCCAAGCUUGGGCCUUGCUGAAAACCUUUUGCAAAACAUCGUCCACAGUUGCUACUAUAAAUGAAACCUCCUCCUGUAUAUACCCUGUAAGUUCAAAUCCAGUGGAGAGCUUGGAGACACUGUGUUGCAUUGUCUCAUGCCAGCUGGCUUGGAUUUCAGUGUCAUUGUCAAAGCACAACUGCCAUCAUGUGACAAAUGCUCUUUUUCCCCCCUAGGCUUGCCUUGCUUGCCAUUUAGCCCUCUCCUAUAACUCCAUUGCUUUCUACGGGACCGCCUCUCCUGGUAUGUCCCAUAGAGGACCUUACGGUCUUCAAACAAAAACAUCUUGGAUGUCCUGGGCCACAAGGAGGUUAGGCUGGCCUCAAUCAGAGCUAGGGCUUUUUCAGCUCCAUAGUUUUAUCAUAUUUAUUUUUUUAAAUGAUAUUUAUUAAAGUUACAAAAAAUAGAAGAAGUACAAAAUACAGAAAAAAGAGUAAAUUUUUUUUUUAAAUAUAACAAAAAAGUAAAGGAUAAAAAAGAAACAUACAAAAUAAAACAGUUAAAAAGACAUUAAUUUUCCAAACCUAUCUUCUCUAGACUUAUUUCCCCGGACCUCCUCAUACCUCCCUUUUUUGUAUUCCAGUUCAGUUUGUUAGUUCAGCAAAUCCUUACCAUUAAACUUUUGCCCAAUUGUAAGCCUUUUUUCAUAUCUCUUAAAUCAUUACAGCUAAAAAGCUCUUAGUUUCUAUCCAACAUCCUUCUAAGAUUCCUUAAUUUUACAAUAUUUCUGUAAAUAGUCUUUAAAUUUCUUCCAGUCUUCUUUCACCGACUCUUCUCCCUGGUCUCGGAUUCUACCAGUCAUUUCCGCCAGUUCCAUGUAGUCAAUCACCUUCAUCUGCCAUUCUUCCAGAGUGGGUAGAUCUUGUGUCUUCCAAUACUUUGCGAUGAGUAUUCUUGCUGCUGUUGUAGCAUAGUUUUAUCAUUUUUUUCACUUUGCUCUUUACUGAGAAUCUUUGCUUGUUUUGUCUUUGUCUUCCUAGUUCCAAUUUCAAAGCCUCAUGUCGCCCUGGCCUCCUCCACUGUGCUGGAGCUCAGCGAAUAUUUCACUCUGAAUUGCUCCCAUGAAAAUGGCACAAAGCCCAGCUACACGUGGCUGAAGGACAGCAAGCCCCUCAGCAAUGACUCCCGGCUGAUCCUCUCCCAUGACCAGAAGGUGCUGACCAUCACCAGAGUCCUGAUGUCUGACGAUGACACCUACAGUUGUUUGGUGGAGAACCCCAUCAGCAAUGGACGCAGCAUCCCCAUAAAACUUACCGUGUACAGUAAGUAUGGUCAACAUGGGGAAACCAGAGACUGGGUCUGCCUUAAUUAUUAUAUACCUUGUCAUGUGAAAAAACCCAAAGCCUUCCUUUUAGGAAUUCUAGGUGCCGAAAUCACAAGGGAGCAGAAAAGACUGUUUAUGUAUGCAACCACGGCUGCGCGGAUGUUAUUGGCCCAGAGAUGGAAAGAAGAUGAAGUCCCUACCAGAGAAAAAUGACAGAUCAAGUUGAUGGGAUUAUGCCAAAAUGGCCAAAAUGACUGGAAGAAUCAGAAACCAGGAAGGCCAAAAUUUUAAUAAGGAAUGGGGGAAAUUUAUAACUUAUCUUAAAAACCACUGCAAACAGUUAAAAUAUUUAGUAGGAUUGGAAUUUCACUUGUAGUUUAAUGGUGAAUUUUGGACACUAUGGAGAGGCAAAAGAUUUUGGAUUAUCAUAAAAGAUGCAGGAGGAAAUGAUUAACAAUAGGACCCACAAAGGGGAGGAGGGAAGUACAAGAGAUUCCUUGGAAUCUUGAUUUUAUGUUGUAAGUUGGAUAUGUGACUAAAAUUUUAAUUUGAAAAAGCAAAUAAAUAAAUAAAAUUAAUAAUAAUAGUAAUAGUAUUAAUAGUAAUAGUAGUAGUGGUAAUAAUAAUAAUAAUAAUAAAUGUAGUGGAACUGGAAACAAAGGCGGAAAAUGUCCUGGCCUUGCUGAACCCAACAUUCCAUUACUUUCCAAAAAUUUAUGGAUGUUCCAAAUUUUUUAUCCAGGGUUUUAUCCAGUGCUAGAGUAGAUCUAUUGAAGUUAAUGGACAUCUGCACUAUACAUUUAAAGCAGCAUGUAUCAUUCCACUUUAAAGAGCCAUGUCUUCUUCCAAACAAUCCCAGGACCUGUAAAGGGUUCUGGGCGUUGUUAGCAGGCCCCUUCUUCCCCUUGCAGUGUUAUAAUUCCCAGAGAGGGUUAACAACCAAUCCCUUUUCUCCUGGUAUCUACCCAUCCUUUUGACCUGUUGCCUCGGUGAUGUGGGAAGAGCAGUUGGCACUCUCUCACCGCUGUUAAAACAAGUGUUAUGUGCUGCUUCUUGUAACUAGGGGUGGGGGAGAAAUACCACUCAGUUCAUGUUGAAAGUGUUGGAAAAUUCCAUUCCACCUUUACUGUAGUUGCAGACAUGAAACUGUUGCAUGUCACAUGUCUGUUUACAUACCAGCACAGCUUGCUGGGAACGUCCGUUGUGUGUAGAGCUUUUGCUUUUCCCUGUCUCUUUGAGAAGACAGAGAGAGAGACUACAUGUUUCUUGGUCCUGAUUUAUGAUUAAUAAAUCCGUAGUUGUAGUAUGCUUCCACAAGCCUCACAUCUAUUCUGUGUGCGCAGUUUCUAUCUGCUGAGAUAGUGUGCCCUGGCUUUGAAGCUGGGUUGCUGAUUUACGUCGGAGCAGCGGCUGAUGGGUCUUCGCCGCGGGAUGGCUGGAAGGAGACGACCCAGCUGGGCUAGUCAGCUGGCCUUGCGACCCUCUGCAUGUGGACAGAAAGAUGAACCUCCCUGGUUUGCGCUUUCCAUGCCAAACCGUACAUGAACACCUCCAUCCGCUGAAAUGCGCAUGUCUCCAAAUCUUGCAUUGCAGGUCUCCAGCAAAACAGGUGAAACUUGUUCUAACAUCUGCCUUGUCUUUUGUGUCUCUGUAGGAAGGAGCUCCCUCUAUAUAAUCCUUUCGACUGGGGGAAUUUUCCUUCUGGUUACCUUAGUGACCGUCUGCGCCUGUUGGAAACCAUCCAAGAAGUAGGACGUUUAAAAUUAUAUGUGUGUUUAAACGUUCCCUGUUCCCCCUCCCCAAAGAUUUGUGCAGCAUUCUCUCCCUAUAACAAAGGCCGCGGCUGCACUACAUGUUUAAAGCAGCAUCAUACUGUUUAAAACCAUCAUGGCUCCCCCCAGAGAAUCCUGGGAACUGUGGCUUGCUAAGGGUGCUGAUUAUAUUCUAAUGGAUGAUUGAAUAUUAAUUUAUUUGAUAUAAGUUGUUUAUUUUAAAGUGAUGUUUCUUUAUGGCAUUUUUGAAUUGGAUCAGAUCCGUUAUAAGGUGUGUGAUUUUGUUGUUGUUUCUUUGUAUAGAAAGGAGGUACACAAAUGUAAAGUGAAAUGAAAUGAGAGUUCGACUGAGAGCUACAAUUCCCAAUGUUCUCUGGGAAGAGGGAUUGUUAAACUGAUGUGGGAAUCGUAGCUCUGUGAGGGGGAACAGGGAGUCUCCUAAGUACUCUCAGCACCCUUAACAAACCACACUUCCCAAGAUUCUUUGAGGGCAGCCAUACUGCAUUAAAUGUAUAGUGCAGGUGGUUGAAAAUUGUAGUUUCGAGCAAGCUGCCUAAUUGGUGCCAUGGAGGGGUUGUUGUGUUUGAGUCAGCCUUGGCUAAAACAGUGUCCUUACAAGCCGCUGGUCCUCUUAUCAUUGGCAAAUUCCUUCUAUGAACAGCUGUGCUUGAGGGCACAUGUAUCCAGGACAUUUGCCAGUACUUGAAUUAUGCCCCCCACCUCCGAGCUCCUGCAGUUUUUACGUGAUGAUACCUCUCCAUUGUCUUCUUAAAAACAGUAAGGUAAAGGUAAAGGGACCCCUGACCAUUAGGUCCAGUCAUGACUGACUCUGGGGUUGCGGUGCUCAUCUCGCUUUAUUGGCCAAGGGAGCUGGCGUACAGCUUCCGGGUCAUGUGGCCAGCAUGACUAAGCCGCUUCUGGCGAACCAGAGCAGCGCACAGAAACGCCGUUUACCUUCCCGCCGGAGUGGUACCUAUUUAUCUACUUGCACUUUGACGUGCUUUUGAACUGCUAGGUGGGCAGGAGCAGGGACUGAGCAAUGGGAGUUCACCCCGUCGCGGGGAUUCAAACCGCCGAUCUUCUGAUCGGCAAACAGUAACUGACACAAAGCGUUGAGAGUUUGGGGUAGCUGAUUCAAGCACUGAUGCUCUGUUGUAUAUAGUCAUCUCCCCUCCCCGGUAAUUUUCUUUUUCUGUUACAAUAUGUAGCUGCAGAAAUUUCCACCUGUAGCAAAAGACUGGAGUGGUGGAGGUUUCCUUAACCCUUUCCACUCUGGCCAUUCCCCCCUCCCCAACUUUUUUGUUUUUUGUUUGCUCCUGAUGGGAAAAGAUGUGUGGCCCAUGCCAGUUGGCCCUUAUGUCCCAGUUGGUGUAAAAAAGAGGCGCAUGGACUGGUUCUGUGAAGAGUACAGUGUGUUAACAAAGCAGCCUGGGAUUGUUUUACCUGACCUGUUUCUCGCCCUGCAUUUGCCGCACAACAUGACAAUUCGACUCACUUUUGGGCAACUCUCCUUUGCUAGGAGAGGAUCACAUGUGGGGCUGAUUUGCAGGCUGCCAGGACCAAGUAGGGCUGACCCCCUUCCAUUCCAAGUGGGCUGUGAGGGAGCCUCUGAGCAAACUCAUGCAAACUUUUGCAUUCACAACAGCUAUGUUCAGUUUCCACUCUCUGAUGAAUAUGCUUCUGAAUACGGUUGCUGGGAAUUGCAGGUACUGUGGUGCUCAGGGGCAGCUUGUGGGCUUCCCACAGGCAUCUGGUUCGCCACUGUAAGAACAGGAUAGAAUCAUAGGAUCAUGGAACUGUAGAGUUGGCAAGGUCCAUGAGGGUCAUCUAGUCCAACCCCUGCAAUGCAGAAAUCUUUUGCCCAAUGUGGGACUCAAACCCACAACCCUGAGAUUAAGAGUCAUAGGUUCUAAGAAAUAGGUUCUAACAGCUGAGCUAUCCCAAACUGCUGGACCAGAUGGGCCACUGGCCUAAUCCAGAAGACUCUUCUCACUUUCUUAUGGUCUUAUGCCUUUUUUUGUUUUGUUUUAGAAACAAACGGAAAAUGGAGAAGCAAAAUUCCUCUGAGUAUGUGGACCAGAAUGAAGAACAGUUGAAGCAGGAUGGUAAACCGUGAACCUCUGCGUUUGGAUUCUGACUCUCGGGCUGAUGUCUUCCAGGAACUGCUUUAUUUGUUGAGCCUGGUUUAUGGUUGUCAAUGCUAAGUUGUAGGCAGUAGUCCGAAAGCAGCCAGGAUCUGGGGACCAGGGGUUAUGCCAGGGGGUCAAAUUUGCAAUUUCAAAUACAGUGGUACCUUGGUUCUAAGCACCUUGGUACUCAAACAACUUGGAACCCAAACACUGCAAACCCGGAAGCAAGUGUUCCGGAUUGCGAACUUUUUUCGAAAGCCAAACAUGCUCCGUUUUGAGUGUUGUGCUAUUGAUUUGAGUGCCACACUUCCAUUUUGAGUGCCACACUUCCGUUUUGAGUGUUACGCUGAGGUCUGUCUGUUUUUGCUAUUUAUUUUGCAUUUUUGUUUUGGCGGCUCUUUUUUUGUUUAUGUUACUGUGUGGAUCCCAGUUCAGCUACUGAUUGAUUGAUUGUGUGACUGCAAUACAUUGUUUAUUGCUUUCAUUUUAUGGAUCAAUGGUCUCGUUAGAUAGUAAAAUUCAUGUUAAAUUGCUGUUUUAGGGGUUGUUUUUAGAAGUCUGGAGUGGAUUAAUCCAUUUUGUAUUACUUUCUAUGGGAAAGCGCACCUUGGUUUUGGAACGCUUUGGUUUUGUAACAGACUUCUGAAAUGGAUCAAGUUUGAGAACCAAGGUGCCACUGUAUCGUAGAGCUAGAUCAUGGGGUGCCUACACUGAAAGGCUAAAGCAGGAAUGUGGACACGGACCCCAACUCCCACCAGUGCUGAAGUUAUAUUCCUCAUUUUCAGGGGGUGAGGACUCAGGAGCUGAAAAGGCAUGCAGGGUCAGCCCCAGAAACAUGUCCACAAGAUGCCCGAGGGUGUAUCAUUACCAUCCUUGGAGGACUCCAGUGCCAAAGACCUGGUCAGACCAGAGACUCUCCUGCUGCAUUACUGCGGGAGAUUAGUGGUGCAGGAUGGGGCCCUUAAUGUCAGGCUGCAUCUUGCAGCCCAGGUGGUAUUAACAAGCUAUGCCUGCUGCUACUGUUACAUAAGCACUCAGUUCCCACUUGCUCCUUCCUGGAGCAAGAUCAGAGCUCCGCUGUCCCAUUGCACAGCCUCAUGUGUGCAGCAAGUGGAGUGGUGGUCAGGCUUAGCAAGGAUCUUAGCGAUGUCAGCUGAAAAAUGGGGUUUCCCUCAGUGGAGACAGUGUGCCUCUGGGUGUUGGGGAACACGUAAUAAGAGAAGGCAUUUAGCUGCCCGUUGUCGGGACUAAGGUGCUGAACUUUUGGUUUGAUCCAGCAGGGCUCUCCGUAAUGUUCCUCAGUCCAAAAGACGGGAUCCACAAAUCUCUAAAUAAAUAACAUUUGGUUUAAUCUACCAAGGCUCUUCUGCCUGCCUCUUUCUGCCAUGCUCACCUGCAUAGCAGAACCCUUUUCAGGCUUUAUUGAAAAGGAAUAACUCAUUUCCAUUCUCGCUUUAAUGCAGUGGAGAUUGUUCCCAGGAGUGGAGAACACGAACGCAAGAAUCCCGUUGCUUUGUACAUCUUGAAGGACAAAGUAAGUUUCAAGUGUCGUGCUUCGAGGAUGCUUCAGCCUGGUACUCUGCUAAUUAAAUAACUUUCAGGCCAAAGGGCAAAAUGUGAAGUAACGACGAGGGAGAAAAUUGAUUCAGUUCACAUUUCAAGGGGGAAUCAACCUAAUUUGCACUUUCUGAAAUGAAACAUAAACCCAAACACAUUUGUCCGUUGAAAUUCACAGUUCCACGAAUUUUGCAAUAUAGUUGUCCACCCAAAUAAUGUGUACAAAAAAUAAUAAUAUGCAAAUACUAGAGUAAUGACUUGUAAGGGAGAUUAGAAUGUGUGAAGAACCAAGUUAUUUAUUUAUUUAUUUAAAAAAAUACCAACUGAUAUAUCUACUGAUAAAUGGGAUUUGUGUUAUUUCUCUCUUCUUGCACAAGUGACAGCCUGUGGUCCUCUGGGCACUACCUUGCCUGAAGUGCAUGGAUAGCUCUCCAUCUGUCCGUAUUUUUAUAGUAGCUCUGUAUACUUUCUGGCAUGCCUGUCUGUUUGAAUAGGGUGUCCUUAAUCUUAGGAACUGGCUUCGCAUUCGCUAAAUUGCUUCCCGUUACUUUCCCACGACUCAUGAGCGACAUCUUCUGGUAGCAGUUUUUACAGCCGUCUACUGUGUUGAACGCAGGCUGACCACAACCUCUGCUGCUGCGCCGCAUACAAAAUUGGAAUAAUAGUAACAUAUUUCACUCGAUGGUUAUGUGUGUGCAUGCGGUAACAUUGCCUAAGUCAAAGCAGACCAACUUUUCCUGCAAAGUGGGCCACAGGAGUACAUUGACAUGAAACCUGCAGGCACCGCAAUGGCUUGCAGUGUUGCAUGGGGGCAGAGGAGAGGCCAAAAUCUUAUGCCCCCCUCCAGUCCUUGCACUGCUUUCCCAAAGCUGGCUAGGUGAGGUGUGAGGCUUUGGCAGGGUCCUAGAGCCCUCCUGCCUCCUUUCCCAAGCUAGGGAAGUGCUAACUAGGCUUUGGGAAGGAGACGGGAGGACUCUAGGACCUUGUCUGCAUCCUCAUGCCUCCUUCCCAAAACCCAACGCUUUGCUUACCUGGCUCUGGGAAGGUGGCACAAAGAUUAGGGGCUUCAAAUGUUGCUGAGGGGUGCCAAAAAAAGGCCUCUAGGGCUGCAUGCAGCCCAUGGGCCACAUAUUGGACCACCCUGGUCUAACCACUAUAUAAAUAAUAUUACCAUGGGGGGGGGGGGGAGAGAAUAUUUUUCCAUAUCUCAUGGAGUUACUGCUUUUCCUGCCCAGAGUCCUAGUACAGUGGUACCUCGGGUUACAUACGGUUCAGGUUACAUACGGUUCAGGUUACAGACUCCGGUAACCCAGAAAUAGUGCUUCAGGUUAAGAACUUUGCUUCAGGAUGAGAACAGAAAUAGUGCUCCGGCAGCGCAGCGGCAGCGGGAGGCCCCAUUAGCUAAAGUGGUGCUUCAGGUUAAGAACAAUUUCAGGUUAAGAACGGACCUCCGGGAUGAAUUAAGUACGUCACCAGAGGUACCACUGUAUUAUUAUUAUUUUUUUAUUAUUAUUAUUAUUAUUAUUAUUAUUAUUAUCCUUCUCCUUCUGGCACACCUCCCUUCUGAGCCUCCUGGCUCUCACCCAUUCCCCCCUCCCCCCAAUACCCCCCCUCUGGGGCCAUGCACAAGAAUACAGGGCUAAACCAAGACAUUUUGCUGCCUGGGGUGGAGCAGAAAAUGAUACUCCUAUCAAGUCCCUGGCAGUAAAAAAAAAAAGAGUGCUUCUUUUUCCUGAAGCACUCUGUCUGAUGGUAGGGCCGUCCCAGUUCCAAAGUGCUUUUGAAGUUCAUUGCAGUAUGUUGUGGUACUAUGCUCAUGUUCUGACCGCAGCUGCUUGCUUUUACUUGCUUCCCCAAGGACUCUCCAGAAGCUGAAGAGGAAUCCCUUACCGAGUCCCGAAACGCUGCCGAGCCCUCGCCACCCAGCUACUCCAGCUCUCCCCCUCCUCCUGGAAGAUCACCUGGACUGCCUGUUCGGUCUGCUCGUCGAUACCAUCGCUCGCCAGCCAGGUCUCCGGCCACCUCCAGAACACACAUAUCUCCUACCAGGUCCCCAACCCCGCCAGGGCGCACCCAAAACACCACACGCUUGGUGCGGACUGCUGGAGUUCAUAUCAUUCGAGAUCAGCAGGGGGAGGCCAGCACUGUGGAAAUCAAUGCCUGA